GCCGGCAUUAUCCAUUCGAGCAUUCGAGUAUACGGGCAAUUGCAUAGCGUUUGUUUUUUUAGUUCUGAUUACUGCCUUCCGUUGCUGCUUUUGACCUCGUUAGAUCGGCACGACAAGAUGCACACGACCUUUUAAACGCGACUAUGACCACGCGCGCACCUCCCAGCGCCCUCGACCCCCUCAGUUCCUCCUCGCUGAACAAGCUGCACGAAACCCAACCACCUGCGAAGAAACGCAAGAUCGGGACCGACAGUGCUGUGUGCCGGCUCUCAACAAGCUCAAUCGUGAUUCGAGCCCAUGCAGCGUCCUUAUCAGAUGAACCGCUGAUCCUCGAGCCAAUCUGUCUAAUCCCUCGAUCUCGAUGCCCACUAUCAUGGCUUGAGGAUACGUCUUGGUCGCGCUCCGAUGCCCGGCCCGGCGGUCUCUUCGUCGCCGACAUCCCCGCUCUCGAAAGGGACUUGCGAAGUUGCGCCGAACCGACGGUGCUGGCGGUCCGAUUAGCCGCAAAUGGGGGUCUCUACGUUGUCGAGCGAGUCAAGCGGGGCAUAUACUCUCUUUCUAGGCUUGCACAAUGGGUGCAGGAAGGCGACGUGGUCGUCGUGGUCAAGGGAUGGCAAGGGUCGGGGGACGUUGUCAUGGAUAUCGACGCCGAUGACAAGCCAUGCUCAGCGAUAGAUGCUCUCGAUUGGUGGCAGACUGCGCAAGUUGAGGAGCCACCCUCUGAUCUGGGCCUGGGCGAGGAGUUCGCUGGGUUGCAGGUGGAUGUUGUAUUUGCGUCUUCGGAGACCGAUACCCAGGUACAACCAUCUUUCGUGGAUAUACUUGAAUACCGGAGCCAGUCUCUUGCGCCAGCUGUGACUGGAGAUGAUUCCCAGAUGGAUACUUCAUUUGAACCCGGUGAUUCGCGAGUCCUCGGCAUUGCAGGCUCUAUAGACAUUGAUCCUGUUCCGGAUACGAAGCAAUCUCCAGAAGAGUUACUCAAAGGGAUGCGAGAGCACUAUCUGCAAGCACUCUAUAUCUCGAAGACAUCUUUGGCCUAUUUUGCCAAGGGACCAUUGACACGCUGUCGGACCGCUUUCCAAAAUCCCGACCUCGAGCAAACCCAAACGCCCGAUCAACUCAUUGACUUCUACCGAGAGGCCGUAUUAGCUGCUAAAAAGAUGGACAUCAAAUACCGCGAGUCUCUCCCCGCAUCGGUUCGCGAAGCCGUGCUCGCUGUCUCUGACGACGAGGCUGCUCUAACCAAAAAGCGCAAAACUAAGAAGCAGAAGAAGAAGCUAGGCAAGAAUGGCCUUUACCCUGAAGAGGACGAGUUUUUCCGUAAAUGGUGGAAAGAUCGGAGCAUGGUAGAGGCCUCGACACAAGAAGGCUCCCGUGAGGCGGAAACGAAAAAGCAUAUUUCCGAUCUGCGACUGCGCGAGACACAGUUACAGAUCCUAUUGAUCUUGGAAGUCAUGGCUUUGGAGUCGACUCCCAUUGACAAAAACAACGCGGAAAGUGGCACGCCAGCUGGCCAAGAGACAACAAACACACCCAAAAAGAGGACCAAAAAGCCUCAAGAUCUGAAUGUACUUCUCGAAUUGCACCUAGAUCGACUUUGUAUCUGGCACGCUGUUAGCAUGGAUGAAUCCACGGCUGCUGACUCGGCAAAGGCGUCAUCCUUCACCGACGGCCACAACUCCGGGAAGAAAGUUGAGAGUGACGCAGUCCGCGACUUUUGCACGGAAGUCGUCAUCCCGUUCUAUGCAUCCCGACUGCCCGAAAAAUGCAAGCUGAUUACGCGCAAGUUUGGCGUGUCUGGUGGCAUAUCCCCUGCGGCCAAGAAGACCCAAUCGUUGACCAAGGCACGCCGCCCAGAACCGGGCUCUGAUGUCAAGCGAGACCCGCCGGGGCAAAAGCCUCGACGAUCACUUCAACGUGUUCUAACGGACGAAAGAGCGGCAGCGUCGCAAAUUCGCCACCCAUCGCUGAGUCGGUCCAAAACCGCCCCAACUCAGCACGAUACAAAACGUGAUUCCCUAGAGCCAAUGCUGCCAACGGUUAUGAGUGGCAGCGUCCGUGGCGGUAUACAGGUCAAGCGAGUGGAAAAUCGCGAGAUCGAUCUUAACGCAGCUGCCCGACAACACGAAAGCAAGUUGCGCAAGGUGCAGAUGUUGGCUGAUCAGAAGAAGGAACUGGAUAACGCCAUUCAAACACUUCGCAAGCCGAAUCGGGAGGUCGUUGCUCGGGACAUUGCUGAAGAUGCCUCUAAACGAAUAUCUACUGGCGGGGGCAGCUCUCGAAAGUCAAAAAAUCCUGUCCGAAAUCCACUUGGCGAGGGUGUGCAGGUCAUGGCUACACCUCGUGGAAAUCGGAGGAAGGAUGCAGUUGUGGGACUACCCCCUCUACCGCGCAGCUUGGCGCCUUCACGGUCUUUCGCCGGAGAGAUGGAAUAUCACUCUCUUGCAGAGUCUCCCGUCAUGAUCCCCUCGUCCACUCGGCGGGCUAUCUCAUUCUCUGGUCCUGAUUCAACACCUUUUAGUUCUCAACGGGCUUCAAGAAAACGGCAGCGCGAGCCGCAGCCCCAGACAACUGGACUUGGCUCAAUUGAGGAAACACCUACCCGCCCUCCCUCCAAGUUAUUCUUCGAUAGCCAAGGUACAGACCUAUCACAUCGUCCGUCUAUGUCUAUGCCUUCAGGCAAAGGCAAAGGUCUUUUCCGUGUACCUGAUCUCCCCGUGCCUCGAUCCAAUGACGCCGACCCAUUCUUACAACCUCAACUUACUGCACCAACUACACCUGUGUCAUCCCGCCGCAAGAAUAUCACGAUGGCUCUCAACUCGUCUCCAAAUUCAGGAAGGUCCCCGCAAGGUCCCAGGUCUUCGAUGAUCACCGAAACUCCUCCCAAGCAGCAAGGCCCUAAUCCAUUGCUUGCUCCUCGAUCAGUACCCUUGUUCGCUCCUAGCACAUCCCAGGUUCCGUCUUCCCCAGCUGUCAUGGGGUCGCCCAUCAAAAGUGCUCCUCUUAUACCGGUUACACCGGAGAAGGCACAGACGAAAUCGAUUUAUGAGCAGCUGGGCUGGGACGACGAUGAGAUGGACCUGUGAGGUAUCUUUCAAUGUACUGGCUCAGUUUCCGGGCUGAUAUUUAUCUUGUCCCUGUUCUGCAUUUUGCGAAGGCGCUUCGUGGUAGCAUAGAUAUCCAAUAUCAUA